AACUUUCAACUUCUGUCAUACACAACACAACUCCAAACAUGGCACCCCGCGCUUCUCGAUCCGGUGCGCGCGAGGCGAAACCCACUGCUGCCAAAGCUAGAGCCACGAAUAGAGCAGGCAUCACAAAACGCAAGGCGAAGAUCGAUGGCGAUGGAGACAUGGACAUGGAUGGCGCUCGACGCAAGGCUGGAACAGAUGGUGCCGCCUCCAAGGGACGCCCAACAACAAGGGCAGCACAACGCAUUAAGCCUUCCAAAGUCGCCCAGAAUAUGGCGAAACAUCUCGCCAACGGCCAGUCUGGAGAUCUCGCAUCACGGGUCAAGGGUGCCAUCAAGGGCAAAGGGGCUUUGACAUACCUACGCGUACAUGGAAUGAAGCAAAGCAAAGCUGCAAACAACCCUGACGGGGGUCUCAAGGAUCUCCUAAGUUUCAUGGAGCGCAAAUCCACAUCACUAAUCGAAGGACGACGAACUCGUCAAGUCGUAAUUAAAAAGUCACAUGUUGCUGGCGACUACGUCUUCAUCGGAGCCAGUGCGGACGAUGCGGUCGAAUUACUCAAAGUCAACACAUUCGUCUUCGCCGGUCAAAAACUUGAAGUUGUAGAAUCAAAUGAUAGUCUCGGUCAACCCAAUAAAGCUACCGAGUCGAAAGAAACUCAGGAACUACGGGCUAAACUCCAAUCUGUUCUGAGCCAGCGCUAUAUUGGCGCGAACAAACUCCUCAAACUCGAUUCUCUGGCUACAGAUCCGGAACUCGUCACCCUGGGCAUGUUUGACAACCGGGAUCGUGCUCUGAGAACUUUCAAGGGGCUGAUGGCUAUUUGCGAAGGCCUUUUCAAAACAGCACAGGAGAAACGAGACGCGAUUGAAAGUGUCAGCCUUGCCAGCAAUAGCAUUGAUGAUAUCACACAAGUGGAGGGUUUGGCAACCACAUUUGCUGACUUGAAGAACUUGGACUUGAGUGGCAAUCAGCUUGCCAGUAUUCAGGGACUCGAACGGUGGAAAGGCAAAUUCAAGUCAAUCGAGGCAGUAUACCUCACAGGCAACCCCAUCGAAACAGCCGAACCAAACCUCCAGACGAUCCUGCUGGAGUGGUUUCCGAAACUACAAAAUAUUAACGGAAUACAAGUUCGAACACCUGAGCAAAUUGCGCAACGGGAAGAAGAACUUCGCCCAAAACCGAUUCCACAGAGUGGUCCCGAUUUUCGUGACGUGAACGGCAUCGGAGAAAACUUCCUUUUACAGUUUUUCAGUUCAUACGACAGCGAUAGGCAAAGUCUUGCAUCGCGGUUGUAUGAUGAGACUAGCCAAUUCUCUUUAGCCGUUGACACCAGAUCGGUCAGAGACCCUGAUGCACCACCUCCUAUGCCUUGGACAGCCUACUUGAAGUUCUCGCGAAAUCUGGUCAAAAUCAACAACCAGAAUGCACGAAUUCAACGCCUCUUCAAGGGCGCGGCAACCAUCAACGAUUUGUGGAAGGGUCUGCCAUUCACUCGCCACCCUAAUAUCAAGGAUGAUAUUAGCAAAUAUAUUAUGGACUGUCAUCCUCUCCCCGGCCUAGUUGAUCCUCAGGGUAACAAUUCUAUGGGUGUGGAUGGGCUGAUCAUCUCCGUUCACGGUGAAUUCGAAGAGCAUGAUGCCAAGACCAGCACAAUUGGCAAGCGCAGCUUCUCGCGAACCUUUAUUCUCGGCCCCGGUCUGCCCGGCCAUGGAGAAAUUCGGGUAGUAAGCGAUAUGCUCUCGUUACGAGCUUACAGCCCGCUACCAAACGUUUUUGUAGCUCCCACACCAGCUCAGGAAGCUCCAUCCCAAGAGCAGCAUCAAGCGAUGAUUGCGGAACUCUGCAAGCAAACCGGUAUGGUUGCUCAGUAUUCUGAGCUAUGCCUCGUGCAAGUCGGUUGGGAUUUUGAUAAAGCAUUAGUGAUAUUCAAUGAAAAAAAGGCACAACUGCCAGCUGAUGCAUUCGCAGUGCAGCAAUAAUGAUACCCACCAUGUCACUCUGGGUGACAUAAAACGAUUGGAUUUUACGGGGGUGUAUAAGGAUGUUGAAAUGAUACAAGAUACAUAGUUAUUUUACGUUUUGUAUAAUACCACUCUUCACGGCAGGGUUUGGUCUUCAUGUUUAUUGGCGUUUGGCGGAUAGCGAGCUACAGCCCGUUUGUUAAUUGUACAAGAUACCAGCUACCACCUUUCACACUGUGAUGAGACGUGACUAUGUCUAUAAUACAUGGUCUGUCAAUGUAGCUGUUUGUAUAUCUGUCUGUCUCGGCUAGUCGUGUUACGCACGCACGUCGUAAAAUAUCGAACGGCCACGCCGUAUCAUUAUAUAGUUGAGCAACAGCGAA